CGCUUGCCGCGCACGGAGCCAUCUUGCUAGCGCCCGUCGAAUUGCUCGCGUCUCCGCGACACAAAUCGCUCUUAAUUCGUACUAAUUAACCAUUUGAAUAACAAAAAACAAUUAUCAGUUAUAAGUGAAAGCAGUGACGUAUACUUAUUAGGAAAAAUAGAUUUCGCUUGUGUUGUUGUUUUAGUGCAUUGGUCUAGGUGAGUUGUGACUCUUUGUGCGCGACAAUUAUCAUUCUGAUCGAUUCGGGCGCGGGGGUGUGCGGCCGUUUUAUAUCUUUUGUUGUUUUGUAACGCUAAAUCAAUAAUUUUAGUGGCUAGCGGCCAUCGCGUUCUUAAUUCAAAUCGUUUGACGUUUCGGUGUGUUUGGACUGUUUCGUGAGGAAGUUGUGUGCCAUCAAAAUACGAGCGAUAAACUAUUUCAGAUUGGAUGAGAAUGUGUUAGUGAAGUGAAGUGUAAGUGAAACUCAGUGCAGUGACAAAAAGUGAAAAUGUGUGAAACGGCCUACAAGCGAUCCAUCUCUGGAUGUUAGCUGUCACUAAAGGUGUGGUAUGGAUAAGGAGAGCGGGGAAGGCGGGGACGCAGCCGCCAAGCAGCCGCCCGAUGGUCAGUUCGACCCCUCGGCACUCUUUGGAGCGUACUGGGGUCGAGAUGGUGCCAGCAACGCGGCAGCUGCGCAAGCGCAGGCGCAGGCGCAAGCCGCACUCUUUGGCUUUGGCUCCCGCUACCCGCCACCCACCACGCUUGGUGUCGCAGCCAACCAGGCGGCAUCACUUGGACUACAUCCCGCUGCUAGUGCAGCAUGGUGGUCCAUGGCCUCGCACUUGGCGGCCCAGGAUUACUUAGCACGACUGCAGGCUACUGGACUUAACUUAUCUCCAUUAAACGACCCCUAUGCAGCCCUUUCCGCUCUUUCGGGUUCCGGUCUUAAACAGAACAAGCCGCCUAAACAGCCUAGCAGAAAUGAAAGAUCAGGACGUACUAGUACAUCUUCGAGUAUGUCAUCGAAAGACAAAACUCCCUCAACAAGUACCAACUCUCAACAUAAUAUGAACGAUUGGGCAUCUACAUAUGGUUUCCCCAAAACCUCGUCUCCAUCAACAAUGGCGUCGCAGUCCCUUUCCAGCUUGGCUUCCCUCAAUAGCCUAGCCCAGCAACCACUGCAGAGCAAAUCCUCCAGCAAACAGCCACAACCACCGCCUAAUAGAAAGUCAUCAACGAAGGAGAAAGAUCGAGAUUUAUCUGUAUUGCGAAGUGAGUUAAUGUUGGCCCAGGCUGCUGCUCAAGGCGCGUAUCACGCUGCUGUAGCAGCUGCUGCUAAGGGAAAGAACAUGCCUCUACCUUAUCCUUUCGGAAUGCCCGGUUCAGAGAAGGACAGACGAACUGGCAUAGAUUCCUUAACUGGCCUACCACAUAAUUUACUCAGUGCCGCGUUGGAAGGAGGUGAUCCGGCGUCAGUGUUGGGUGGAGUGAGGCUUCCACCAGACACCGAAAUUAUUAAAUAUACCUCUUCAUUAACGGGACCUAAGGUUCCAGCGGGGUCAACUAACCGUGGUCGCAAAAAGACAAUAUCAUUGGACCCGCCUCACGUAUCUCUUCACCCGUCCAGUGAUAGAAGCACCCCACUACCUAAUAAGAGGCAAAAAGUUGAUGAGUAUGGCAAUUCCAGAUCAUCAGUGGAGGUGAUUAGACUGCCAAAUAAGCCCGACCGUUCAUCAAAUUCUUUAUCAGCCACUCCACCGCCCAAUCUCUCCGAUUAUGCUGGUAUUUCAAGGGAACUACUGCAAACUAUAGCAAGUCAAAGUGGAGUUAGUUUAGCGGCGCUUGAACGGCAGUUAGCUGGUGCCAACCCGACUGACUCGGGACUAAACUUAAGUGUCAGGUCUGGUACAGAAGACACUCCAAUGGAUCUAGGUGCCAAAUCUACUGAGGACGAUGCGCCUUUAAAUUUAUCCCUAAAACCUGCGCCACCAAAUUCACAAGCAUCGGAUGCACUAUCAAGACUUACAUCACUUAGCAGUUCACUCAGUGCGUCUAAUGAGAGAAUAUCACGUCGCAAGCCUGGCGCAAAACCCCGACGUGUAGCUCCCGAACCCAACGAAUGUCCGCGACCACGUUCCAGUGGGAGCGAGGACAGUGAAUCCGUGCCUCCCUGGCCUACUCGGGAGGGACGUCCGCGUAACCUAGGGCGUGGCGUAAGCAAGCCCAAGAAGAAUACCGUCGCAUCACUUCUUGCGCAAAGUCGCGCCCUUGGCUUACGGCCUGCGCUCGCGCAACAGUUAUUAGGAGAGACUGAUUUGGAGAAACUCCGUGCGUUAGUGGGCGAAGGGGCGAGUACGGACUCUGAAUGCCAGCAGUCUGAUAGUAAUCCAUCCGACUCGGACGCAAGUGAUUCAGGCAGGAAGCUAGAUGCAUUACUACGGCUGCCUUUGGCUUUAGGUUGGAAGCGGGUGACAGUAAUAAAGGGUCUCUCUCGUAACUGCAAUAUUAAGGGUGACGUGAGUUAUUCCCCACCAGAGCCACACACCGCUCUUCAUAUUAAGUCCACUCAGGAGUUACAGAAUUACCUGGACGCAAACCCGUGUCCGGCAUUAUCGCUCGAUAACUUCAGCUUCAGUUCGCGAACAGUUUUAGGAGAGUACGUCCAGACGUCCGCCGACACGGACCCCAUAAUCUUUACUGAAACUGACAUCUCCAAGAGGCUAGAAGAAGCCCGAGCCUUGGCAGCGUUAGCUGGGCCUAGGUCCACGCCCCCGCCCGUAGAGAGGCGAAUAGAACUCGCACGACGACAACAAGCAGCAAGGGACGCUAGGAGGGACGCCUCUCAUAGGAAUCGGGAUCAGGCCCGCUUUGUUCGUGAAUACGAACGUUCUGAAAAGGCUGAACUAGUAAAACGGGAAAAAGAGGUCAGAAGUCAACAAUUAGUAGAGCAUAUCAACAAAAAUAGAACACAAUUGACAAUCGAAGCGCUGCCAAUGAAAGACGAAUGGAAAGUACCAGAGACAAUAUUACCGCCGAAAAAAGAUAGAACUAUGCCACAGAUUAGCCUAUCCUUAAUACCAGUGAGCGGGAAAGAUUCCCCAAUCAAAACAUUAAAUUACGAACAAGGUAUUUGGAAAGAGGAAUCCGAAGAAUACAAUGCCUUGGACAAAAUGAAAGACUUUGCUGAAAAGGCCGCCUUCGAUCUACCAAAAAGGCCUAAUGAUAAAAUCUUCGAUAUCUCACUCGUUGCGGCAGCUGAAAAGGCUAGAAAAAAAGAACAAGCCCAACCAGUGGGCGAAAAUAAUUUAGAGAAAUUGAUCAAUUCUUAUUCGCGGAUAACGGAGUUUAUAAACGGCUGUGAUUGGUCCAAAAAUAACGAUAAGCAAGACCAAAAGAGCUUAGAACAGAAGUAUUUAGACGCUAAAAACGAGUUUAUGUCCCAAAAUCUCAUGUUAAUGCCCAAAGACCAGAAAAAAGAUGUGAUCGACCUCAGUGGUGACGAGGAUAUUUUAGCUGAUAUAAAUAAAAAACUAUCUAAAGGCACGUUCAAUGUGGGAAAAGAUGGCGCCUUAUCUAUAUCUGUUCAGCCGUUCGCGAAGGACGUUUACAGUCCGGCUAAGAAACGAAAGCAAGAGGAUGCUGAAAAACAGAAAAACGACGAACAGGCGAAAAGACAACAGGAGAGAGAAAUAAAAAGACAUCAGGCGAUGUUACUCAAAGAGCAGCAAAAGUAUAUAACUGAGGAACGUGAAAGAAGACGUCAACACACAACAUUUAUCAGACAACUUGACUCGAGAAGAAGAUGGGAAGAAAGGGAACGAAGAAAACACCAGAAUCUUUUAGACCGAUUGCUAGUUAAAGAGAAGAAGUUACAGCAAAGACGUAAAGAGAUGGAGCUGUUGUCUGAAUUGAGGAGACCACAAGAAGACUCAUCCCUGUCAGACCAAAAGCCGCUUCCCAACCUGGACAGGAUACAAGGUCUCAAAGUGUCAGGGCAGGCCUUCGCUGAUCUCCUACAAGUUUAUGAGUUCCUACACAACUUUGGACAAGCGCUUGGUAUUGAUGUUGAAGCGCUGCCAACGUUAGACACACUACAACAGGGUCUUAUACCAGACUACAACCAAGAAGCUGAAAAUGAGCUCAUAAUAGUUCUCACAAGACUUUUGGUUCUCUCAAUUGAGGAUCCGGGUAUACCGCACCCGGGACGACAUACAACGUUGCUGGGACAGGCGAUACGUCUCGGUGAUAUACGGCCUGAAAAUCUCAGCGAGGUGCUGCGAAUAUACCUUUAUGCUAACGCUACGGGCGAGGUUAAGGCUUUGACAGGCCUAACAGUGGAAAGAGAACGAGAACGUCGUGUUGCUGAUCAUCAUCAGAGCGAUGCUGAGAUGCAACAAACCUGCGUGAGCACCAAAAACGCGGCAUACUACGAGCAUCUACACAAUAAUAGCACUUAUAAACUAUCAGAAAUGCUGCGUGAUAAACCCUUCGUCUCGCUAAACCCAAGUAGUAAGGCGCGAAUGUUGGCAUAUCUUUGUGACGAGCUACUACAAAGUAAGGCCGUCCUAAGGGCAGUGGAUGCUUCGUUAGAUCACCUUAACCAGCUUCGAAAGGAGAGAUACCUCAUGGAUGCUAAAAUACGGAAAGUUCGAUCCCUCUACCAACGCAAGUUACGGGCGGAACAAACUGAGAAGCAACAAGCUCUAGCAUUGGAGAGAAUGCAGCGGCUGGUAGAAGAAAGUUCUGGAAUUAUGCGUUCACCUGCUCGUGAAACUCCAGAAAAGUCAGAAACACCGAAAAAGGAGUCAUCUCUCUCACCAGAGGAUAAACCCAGUACACCAUCCCCAUACAAGGAAGAGGAGCCCAGUGACAAGGAACUGUCGCCCUUAAAAGAGCUGAGCAAAAAGGAGAUUUUGAACAACAAUAAAGAAGAAAUUCCCGUGGAAGGAAAAGACAAAGAUAGCGUUAUGGGUGACGAUGUAUUGAGCGAUUUGGAGAGUGAAGGGACGCAGCCUGAAGAGGACGAAGACAAGAAUCUAUCAUCUGAGGAGUUAUCAAGGAAAUUAGAGAAACUAUUACGUCAAUCCGAACAGCAGGUGUUGCAACUAGCCGCCGCUUCCAAUUCAUUGAGGGCCACGUGUUAUGGGCAAGACAGGUAUUGGCGUCGUUACUGGUCUUUGGGCAAAUGUGGAGGCGUAUUGGUGGAAGGGAUGGAGUCAGCCCAAUCCGAAAUUAUGGCGUAUCAUGAGAAACUAGAGGAUGCUAAAAUUAACGGCGUCAAAGUCGAAUCAAAACAAGAAAUAAAAUCGGAAGAUAUUAAGACUGAGGAAAACCAAGACAAGGUGUCUGAUGCUGAAGCUGAACAGGAACUGCGGAGUAUCAAGAGUGAACUUAAUCUCAGUGACAAGACUCAGAUUAUCAAAUAUGAACCCAAUAAAAUUGUUUGUAAGGUUGAAGGAAUAAAAAUGGAAGAAAAAUACAUCCAACAAAAGAGCCACGAGGAAGAAGACAUGUUGGACAUUGAAGAUUCCAUUCCGACGGCAUUUUUAGUACAAAAACCUUCACAUAAACCGCUCUUUGCCAGUCAAGCCGAGCCCGUAGACAAACCACAGGAUAUAAUUAAACUUGAAAAUCCCGCCAAAACGGAACCAAAUGACAAAGAACAGGAAGAGCCCAAAGACUCUCUAGUCAACAAUUUGGAGGAACUCCGCAAAAUGGCGGAAGCCGUAUCUUCACAAUUGGACGCGGCUAAGAAAGCAGAAAAUGAGAUCAAAGAAGAAAAGCAAGAACAGCAGGAUAUAGAAACAGACUCCGCGAAUACCCAUCUAUAUUCAAAGAUGUUGGACGGAAAAUGGUUCUCCAUACUACGGCAUGAGAACGCUUUCUUGAAUAAUAUAAACGAAGAGAAAUAUGACGUACCGAAAUAUUGUGAUAACGAACACACAUGUAGUGAAGUCAUUCAAUGCCAGGGUCAUAAAUGGGAUGUCUCGAAUAAUUUGCAUUUGUUGAAUGACCCGAGUUUGUUCACACUGAAUAGUAUGGUGACGAGUGUACAGGUGCCGUGUAAUAAUGUUUAUGCGGACUCAAGUCUCACGAUGUCAGGCUUGGACCAAGACAUGAUGGACGCCAGUUUGAAUAAUACAGAAAUGGAAGUCGAGGAGACGAAGGAACCGGAAAACGACUUGGAAAAAGAACUCCAAGCUGACUCCACAAAAGCGGACCUUGCCACUCAAAAGGCGAAAGCUUCUGGUCUAAAUAGCCUAGGGCUUCUAAACUUCAAUGCCUUAUCGACGUACGUCACCUGCGAUUCACCUCCUCCGAUACAAAUGUCACCUGACGAACUAGAUCAGCUGGAGCACUGUAAAAUCCAUGGCUUGCCUAAGAAGGUGGAUGGAAAUUUUGUUCCUAAAGAUCUAAGACAUGGCUGGUGGAGAAUAACAGAAUCGGAACAAAUGAAACAAGUGCUUGACUCGUUACACCCACGUGGAGUGAGAGAGAGGGAACUACAUGCGUCGCUUAUCCAACAUCUACCCACCGUUAAUAAUAAGCUUUACAUUGACAAGGGCGACACAUCUAUAACGCAACUGUCAGUGUCGCCUGUAGAUACCACAGAUUAUACACCACCUGACGAACCUGGCUCGUUCUGUGCCAAUACUGCAAGGAGGGUCGAUAUGGCUUUAUUAUCUAUGGUGGAAGCCCUAGAAGAAAGAGUGAUAGCUGGCUCUAUGCAAGUUAAGGGCUGGCGUCCGAGCUGUUUGCCCCUUGCCCCAGACGCCUCCGGGGCAGAAAUAGUCGCCUGGGCGCGUCACCAACUUGCCCAACUCGAAGCUCACGUGGAGAGGCGAUAUUUAAAACCGCCCCUGGUACAAAGGUACGCUAGUACAAACGACGCUAACCUCGGAGCGAUGCUGCAAAGUGAACACGGUAAUGCAUCUGCUACGUCUCCGCAAAAUUCAGAGAACAAUGAGGGAAAAGAAACUCGUGGCAUUGCCCGUGGUCUCUCAACAUGGCGUGAUGCAGUAUCUCGGUGCAAUACGGCCGCACAACUCGCGAUGUUGCUUCAUGCGCUGGAGUCGCAUAUUGCCUGGGACAAGAGUAUUAUGAAAGCGAAUUGUCAGUUCUGUCUGUGUGGAGACAAUGAGGGUCAGCUGUUGCUAUGUGAUGGUUGUGAUAAAGGCUAUCAUACAUAUUGCUUUAAACCGAGGAUGGAGAAAAUACCUGAAGGAGAUUGGUACUGCUGGGAGUGCGUGAACAAGGCGCGUGGGGAGCGUGUGUGCAUCGUGUGCGGGGCGGGAACGGGCGCGGGUAGACUCGUGCCUUGCGCUUUGUGCGUACGCGCAUACCACGCAGACUGUCAUUACCCUCCAUUGCUCAAGAAUCCUCGCGGCAAGUGGUAUUGCGCUCAUUGCAUAUCGCGUGCUCCACCCAAGAAACCGCGUAAAUCAAACAAACGCGACUCCAAACAUAAGGACAUGUCUAACAUUGAUCUAGACGCAUCUAUGGUACCUAGUCCAGCGCCAUCUCACGCCUCAACAUCGACAACUGCGGAAGAAUGUACCCCUAACGUGUUAUGUACACCUGAGAAGGACCACGACAAAAUGGAAGAAAGUGUUGAACACGAGAAUGGACAUAAUGUAUCUGAGCUACCAUUACCAAUGCCUGAGGAUGGUACACCGGAAAAGCAUCGCGCACUUCAGUUUGUGGCCGGAAAUGGCGCCAUACCUCACGAAGAACCACAUGUUGAUGGACACGAAAAUCACGAACCGGAGAACGCCCCCUUGUUGUCUCGUGCGAAGAAAGAAAAGAGUACAGCGAAGAAACUGAAUAAGGAGUUACAGUUUUGCAAAAACCUUCUAUGCGAAAUGGAAUGUCACGAGCACGCUUGGCCGUUCCUGAUUCCGGUCAACACCAAACAGUUCCCGCAGUACAAGAAAGUCAUUAAGAAUCCAAUGGACUUGUCCACUAUCCGAAGGAAGCUUCAAGAGUCAGGAUACAAAUGCAAGGAAGAAUUCGCAUCGGACGUACGCCUCAUAUUUAGUAAUUGUGAGAUUUUUAACGAAGAUGACAGUCCGUGUGGCCGAGCCGGACACAGCAUGCGACAAUUCUUUGAGACGCGCUGGGCGCAGAUCUGAUUGGGCAACUAGUUGGUCAACUGAUCUAUUAAUUAUUUGCGAUUAGAUUGAAGCGUUGAUCGACCGGUCUAGCGUUUGUUGCCAUCCUGUCGAAAAUGCAUAGUCGGUCGAUUGGUUUAUCGAUUAUUUUACAAUCGAUUAGGCAAUGUUUGCAUUGUUAGACUGAUGUUUAUAAGGAUUUCUUAAGUACUAUAAUGACUCUGACACUUCUGUUAAAACGUUGGAUGAUCUUUCAAACAAAGAACAGAAGAUUUUGUGUUAUUCACUAUUUUUUGACUACAUCAGAAGAUCUGAUUUAAGAAAUCCUUAAAAAGUGAAAAUUAUCAUGUGUCAAAUUAUGAACAAAUAACAUUCCAACGAUGUUUCUGACAAAAUGCAGGAAUCUCAUUGAUAUUUACCUGAGUCUGUGCAAGUUACACAAAUGUUUAAAUAUACUGUAACUAACCGAUUUGUAUUACACGUUAAUUUUGUGUAAAAAUGGCGCACACUACGAGUGUAAUUGUAUUUAAAUGUAGCUGGUGUAAAUAGCGUAAAGUAAGAUUUUAAAAAGUAUUAGUGCGAGAAUUAUUUCUAAGCAUAGAUAAUGUUUUAAUUAAAUGUCAAUGUCACUUGUCGAUUUUGUUAAUUUGCAACGAAACUAUCCGAGAUGAUUCGAAAUUUAAAUUCGGUGGCCAGUGUCGAAUGAGGUUGUGUAUGUCAACUAUAAAAAUACGCCAAAUAUUUUUCAUUUUUGAAAUUGGAAUUUUAGUCUAUGUCGACGCAAAUUGUUUUGCGUUCUAAACUUUAAGCGCGAAAUAUAAAAAUUAAAUGUUAACUUUUAAUAUAUGGCGCGAUAUCGAUUUUUAAUGGAAUGCUCAUUUUAUUUAAUAUUGUAUUUCGUUGAAGUGAUUCAUAAAUUGUUAAUGUCUUAAAUCAUUACAGUUAUUUGUAUAGAUACGAAUCUGUGCAAUGUACGAAAUGCGUAUUCCAUUAUUAAAUUAAUGUUUUUAACUAUGGUGUACAGGAAAUGUGGUUGUAGCGUAUAAAGAAUUUUGGUAGUUGGUUAAAAGCGUUUUAAAGUUCGUCCUUGCUUGCUCUGGAAAUCUCGAAAAUAAGUUAAGAAUGAAUGGGCUUAGACUUAUCAAACAAGAUAUUACAAAGAAAACAUUGAAAUGUAUUUUAUAUUUUAAGACAAAAAAAUCUAAAUUUGAAGAUUCCAAUAUGAUACUUCUUAUAUUUCUAUCAAUGUGUGACAGACCAAGUAAAUCUUUCGAUACUGACGGAAUUUUAUAGAUUCCAUUACAAAAACUAUUUCUAUAUAUUUUCAGAGCAAUAAUUCAUUUUUCAAGUUUUCUUUAUAAUUCACGUUUGAAAUUAACUGAUAAAAUAUUGUGACAAAAUAAAUAUAAUAAUAUUAAUGAGGGCGCGAGUCAUAUUCUUUAAGUCUUAUUUAUUUUUAUGAUUCCAAAUUUAGUACUUAUUUGAAGCGGAAGGGCUUUUUUGUUUGUUGCGACAUUGUAUACAUUUUAAUUUGAACAUCAUUCCUUCAGCACAAAUGUGUUGAUAGUAUUUCAAAGUAUUACUACUUAUGCAGCUUUUUAAUAUACUCUGUUAAAAGGACAAACAAAAAAAUAUUAAUAAUCUGUAGUUAGUAGCCUCUGCCAAGAUAUGUUUUCAAUACUGCCAGUAAAAUGCGAAACAUAUUUUGGUGUAUUCGUCCAAUGGGCGUACGUGAUGGAUAUAGUUAUAUGUUGUGUGAAUCGGUUGAUUUUAACUAUAAAUGGAUAUAUAAAUUAUAUAUACAAUAAAAAUAAAUAAUUUUUGAAGCACUC